AUGCCUACACCUCACAGAGACCAGCAGCAGCAGCAGCAGCCCAUAUCCACCGCGCGGGGCAUUCUGGGAGUACACAAUAGUUUCAAGAUGGCGGCGAGCAGAAGGCUGGUGAAGGAACUCGAUGAGAUUCGCAAAACUGGAUUGAAAAGCUUCAGAAACAUCCAAGUGGAAGAUUCAAACCUAUUGUCAUGGCAAGGACUCAUCGUUCCUGACAACCCUCCCUAUGACAAAGGUGCGUUCCGGAUCGAAAUCAUCUUCCCUGCGGAGUACCCGUUCAAACCGCCCAAGAUCACGUUCAAAACGCGCAUCUACCACCCCAACAUCGACGAGAAGGGGCAAGUGUGUCUGCCAGUCAUCAGCGCAGAGAACUGGAAACCCGCCACCAAAACUGACCAAGUGAUCCAGGCCCUGAUCGCCCUGGUGAACGACCCGCAGCCAGAACACCCACUCAGGGCAGACCUCGCCGAAGAAUACUCAAAGGACCGUAAAAAAUUUCUGAAGAAUGCAGAAGAGCAUACAAAGAAAUACGGCGAGAAGCGACCAAUGGACUGA